CUGAUAGCGAAGUUCAACGUGUGCGUCCGCGAGUAUCGUACGCAGUGCCUUCGUCACGUCACCAUCGGUCUCAUCGACUCGUCCUAUGGCUACUUGUGCAACGAGGGAUACAACAGUGAGUCCGACUCAGUUCAGAACUCAGCAUUCAUGGAGUCAGCCGAAUGUCUGAUGGAGUUGGACCGCAAGUCGACGGUGAAACAAUGCCAUGAUGAGACGCUACUCGAAAUAGAAACGGCUAACGUCGAAGCCAACAUCGCCAUGGAGGUCAAACUUGAUCGGAUGUGUAGGGCGCUCAACUUCUUCUCUGGUUGCGUAAAGGCACCAAUCAAGCAGGAAUGCGGGCUGUCAGCUUGGCGUGUCAUAUAUAGAGUCCUCAAGGACACCACACACACCCUCAUGCCAGGAUGUCAGUUUACUGGUUCUUCCACCAAACUCGUAGCAAACGAUACCAUAGCUACAAGCCAUGCCCAUUCAACUACCUAUCUUACGACAACUACGACAACGUCAAUGGUAGUCUUCAAGGAGCUCAGCAGUACUUUGAGCAUACCAAGUAACCCGUACAAGGUCGUGAAUAGGCAAAUCAUAAGCGAAGAGUUCUUACAAUUGAAUACUAGUCACCGGUUAGUCAUUGGCCUAGCAUUCCUGAUUGUGAUGCUUUGUUGA